GUGUGCGCGCGCCGGAGCCAGCCUCGGACCCGCGCCCCCGCGCGGCGCAGGACCGCCCGGGAUCCCCGCCCGCGCGCCGCGUCCCCCGCCCGCCGCCGCCGCCGGGCCGCGCUGGAAGAUGGCGGGAUCGGUGGCCGAGGGGGAUGCUGUGGUGAAACUAGAUGAUGGGCAUUUAAACAACUCCUUGGGCUCUCCAGAUCAAGCCGACGUGUACUUCCCACGACUGAUAGUUCCAUUUUGUGGGCACAUUAAAGGCGGCAUGAGACCGGGCAAGAAGGUGUUAGUGAUGGGCAUCGUAGACCUCAACCCUGAAAGCUUUGCUAUCAGCUUGACCUGUGGUGACUCUGAAGAUCCUCCUGCUGAUGUGGCCAUUGAACUCAAAGCUGUGUUCACAGACAGGCAGCUUCUCAGAAAUUCGUGUAUAUCUGGGGAGAGGGGUGAAGAACAGUCAGCAAUCCCCUAUUUUCCAUUCAUCCCAGACCAGCCGUUCAGAGUGGAAAUUCUCUGUGAACACCCACGUUUCAGAGUGUUUGUGGAUGGACAUCAACUUUUUGAUUUUUACCAUCGCAUUCAAACAUUGUCUGCAAUCAACACCAUAAAAAUAAAUGGGGACCUCCAGAUCACUAAGCUUGGCUGAUGUUGUUUAAACCACCUAUAUUUCAAAUAGAUAAAGGUGCCACAACUAUCUAUCAGUCUGGGAAAAGAUCCAAGCAAGACCUGGAGACUUAGAAAACAAAAUCAAAGGGCAAACCUCACUCUCUUCUUUCUGUGUAGUUUAAACCCAAAGUGACAGAUUUCAACCAUGGUUUGCCCUUAAGAAGAAAACUGUUGGAGCAAAAUCACCGAGCCAUUAUUCCCAGAACAAAUACACUUAUGCUGGAUUUUAUUGAGACUAACCUGAAAUGGAUUUGUGAUGAUUUGUGAUUUGAGAGCAAGUUACUCAUCUUUUCAAAGCAAGAUUAUCUUUAGAAACUAAAGUAUUAAAGACUUAAAACGGUACACCGAAAUCAAUUCAUUUCUGCACUGAAGAUGAAUUGUGUAGCACAACCAACAUUUUAGUCAGGGUAUUUACAUUAGAAUGUAGGUUGUUCAAGGUGUGAUUGGUUUUUUUUUUGUGGGUUUUUUUUUUUUCACAGCAUAAUGUUAAUGGAGAUUUUUAAAGCUUUCUUGUAGUUAUUUAUUUAUACUCAACUUAUGUAUAAGAAAAUGAUAAAUGUCUCAAGAACAGCAAGUUACAAACUUUUGAAUGUACAAAUAUCCUAAAUCUAAGGGGGGAAAUUGUUACAAUCAUGAAUCAGAUAAUUUCUACCUUAAAGAAUUGAAUUGUAUUCUACAUGCCCCUUAAAUUAGGAUCUCUUGAUAUAAAUUGCUGUAAGUGCUUUUGGGGAAAUUGCAACAUUUUGAUAAAACUGCUUUACAAGUUAUUGAAGAUUACACAAAAUUCUAUUUGUAUCGCCUUUUUCCUUACUGUGAAUUAACGCAGUACUGGCUUCCUUAAAACUAGUUAAAUACUUUCCCCUAUAUUUACAUCAUAAUUUUUAAGUUGUUAAGCCUAGUUAGAAAGAGGUGAUUGCAUAGACAAUUUUAAAUGACUAUUACAUAAACUAAAAAGCGUAGUAUGAAGAUAAUUCUGGAAUGCAAUAUAAAGCAGAAGCAAGUGGCCCCAAAUAACUUACUUGGAAAUAAUUUAUAUCAACUUAAGCUGUUAGCUCAUUGUAUAACUUUUAUUAUGUGACCCUCACCAAUAUCCCUGUGUUAAUGCCUUUUGAGCUUUAGAGUAGAAGAUGCUUCCUACUGAGUUGGCAUUGCUGAGAUAUUAGGAUAGACAGGAUUCAGAUUAGAAAAUGAUCCAGUUAGUUUAUCUGGAAGGUUAAAUCCCAGGACUCUAGGUCUUUGAGUCCAGCCAGCCAAUGGUGUGAAGACUUCCACCUGGGCUUGUGGGAGUUUCCCAGCACUACCUCCAGGAGCAGCCCAGAGUGCCAGCCCAAGGCGAGGAAGGUUGGCCUUCUGAGAACUGGACUUCGCAAACUGCAUUGGCCCUGGAGAGACCCUUGGCACUGCUUUGGUCAGGUAGUGGGGGGACGGGGUGCUGGGGUGGGGGUGUAUUUAUAUAUUAUUUAGGUUCUGUUUGUAUAGCAUACUGCGUCUUGUUAUGACAUGUCCUUGUCUUGCUUUGCAUUUGAGUUUUGUUUUUACACAACAUGCAGAGGCACUGAAGUGGCCAUGUCCUCUCUACGUGCUGAGAAUGUAGACAGUGUUUCGGUACCAAAGUCUAAGAAAAAGCAAAUUAAAGUUGUGAAUUUUUUUAUGGGUAAUAUAUUUAGGUUCUUCUCAACUUCGAAGCUGUCGUGCAGUUCCAUUGUGUUAUAUACGAAGGUACAUUAUCAAAUAAGACUGGCUGGGCAUUAAAAUGCUUGACCUACCAGCUGAUGUAAUGGGCUGUAUUCAGCCACGAGGCUGGUUCAGGGCCCAGGUAUUUUCAAACUUGUGAUUAACAGCUUGUGAUUUGUAAAGCUGCUCUAUGUGAGAAAGAGUAGAGAAUCUAAGAGGGCGCCUUGGAAAUAAUAGGGGUUUGAUCCUUCUUAAGGUAGCAGAUCACAACUGAAGGUGUCCUUUCGGUAGCCCUCCAUUCCCACUCCUGCAUAAUUCAGCAGAAACUAGAGAGGUGGAGAGUGUACUAAUUGGAAUUGACACUCUCCUGAUCAGCUAGCUGGUUAGCAGCCAAGCUCUUAGGCGGCUUAGUGUAAAGAUACAGUUAACCCUUUCUCUCUGAGGUCAGUGGAACCCUCUUGGUUAAGCCUAUUGGAGUUUGUCUGAAUAAUGCGAGGGUCUGAUUCCAUAUAGCUAAACUCAGCUGUACUAAUCAUCAGCUGUAAACAGAAAACCGUAUUCACAUCCUUUCAUUGGCAUGUGAGGUCCUAAAGUGGGAAUUCAGAAUGGGAAGUGCAAUUUAAAGCUUCACAGGAAAGCAUUUAGGUAUGUAAGGAGUUAUUUCUGACCAGAGCCCUAAUUUUAUAAUAUGGCCAAAACCAAGGACUAUAAAUAACAAGUAACAAUCAGGCUCUGGGGGAAUAAAAGGCAGGCUUUUGACAAUCUGUUUCUGCAACAAAUUGGAGUGAAUGUAUCUACUUGAAAGUUAACAAAAGUGACUUCUACUUUCUGGGCUAAACCAGAAUUGUCUUAAAAAAAUUUUUUUUAAUUAAAAUACCAUUUCAAAUCUUACCAACCUUAGCAAAAAUCCCUGACCAUGAGUUGUUAAGAUGGCAAAUCCUUUUGUUUGUAUUAAAAGGAAAAUAUUCAAAAGAUAUGCCAUAGAUGCAGCUGUUACUACGUGCUUAUCUUGCUUCUUAAUCACUUUAUUCAUUUCACCUUGAUUUUUUCCUUAAAAGCAACAAAAAUAGACACUCCUGUAAAAGACAAAAAACUGCCUUUCAAAAUAUCUGUUUCAUGGGUAAUUCAAAUGGGUGUGUACAAGGUGCAUAAACCAUACCAAACCAAAAGAGAAGAAAUAGCCACUGGGCCUAACAGGAAACCCUGUUGCCUUGAGAGAAACCUGGCAUUUUCUGACAUUAAUGUAGAAAUAAUGUUCCUAUGACGACAUAUUUUCAAAGAAACACUUUCUUAUUUACUGUGUGGUGUAAAAUGUUACUAAAUGUGUUCUCACAUUAUUAUGUCACUGCUGAAAGUUAUUUGCACUAUAAUAAAGGCAUUUUCUAUGAAAAA